AUUUGUUCGAAAAAAAGUUACCAACAUUUGGAAAUGAUAACGUUAUGACAGAAUCACGCUACAAAAAUAAUUUGCUGCAACGAAAAUUAAUCGAUAAUAACAUUGCAAUUUAUAAGGGAAUGUCUAUGUUUGUAAAGAAUUUUAUAACAAAUGCGUCUAAACAUUUGCUAAAUAUUGAUCAACAUCUCAUAAAAUCACAGGUAACUAUGCAGUCAGUUUUAUGCUCUUUGAAAACUUCUCAGGUCAGUAUGAAGCAACUGCAUGAAAAACAUAAAGAUAUUUUUGCAAGCAAUUUUGUACCGGAUAUCAAAUACUAAACUUUCAUAAAUAAAAAAUAUUAAGGAUGUUA